CGGCGGUCCCGUGGGCGCGGAUCCUGAGUCCUUUCCGCUGAGACCUAUGGACCCUCGUGACUGCUCCGGCUUUGCUCCAGCAUCUCAGACGCUCCGCAGCAAUGGCCUCUGUGACCAAACUCAAGAGCUGCUUGGCUGACGGCAUACUGCGUGACCAAGUGGCCAUCGUCAGCGGCGGCGGCACGGGCAUCGGAAAAGCCAUAGCGGCCGAGCUGCUGCAUCUGGGGUGUAAUGUGGUCAUUGCAUCUCGUAAAUUUCAUGUAUUAAAAUCUGCUGCAGAAGAACUGAAGGCCAGCCUGCCUCCUACCAGCCAGAAUCAAGUUACUCCCAUACAGUGCAACAUCCGUAAAGAAGAGGAGGUGAAUAAUUUGAUCAAAUCAACCUUAGAUCUUCAUGGUAAGAUCAAUUUCUUGGUAAACAAUGGAGGAGGCCAGUUCCUGUCUUUUGCUGAACACAUCAGUGCAAAAGGGUGGCAUGCUGUGAUUGAAACCAACUUGACGGGCACCUUCUAUAUGUGCAAAGCAGCUUAUAACUUCUGGAUGAAAAAGCAUGGAGGAUCUAUUGUCAAUAUCAUUGUCCUUACUAAAUGUGGAUUUCCAAAAGCUGCGCAUAGUGGAGCUGCGAGAGAAGGUGUUUACAACCUCACCAAAACCUUAUCUUUGGAAUGGGCCAGCAGUGGAGUACGGAUCAAUUGUGUUGCACCUGGAGUAAUUUUUUCUGACACUGCUUUUGGAAACUAUGGUGUUUUGGAAAAUGAAUUAACUGGGUCUGUUCAACAUAUCCCAGCUAAAAGAUUUGGAGUUCCUGAGGAGGUCUCCUCCCUGGUAUGCUUCUUGCUGUCUCCUGCAGCUUCCUUCAUUACCGGACAGCUGGUGAAUGUGGAUGGGGGCCAGUCUCUGUAUUCUCAUUUAUACACCAUACCAGAUCAUGACAACUGGCCUGAAGGACUAGGGGACCUUUCCGCUGUCAAAAGGUUGAAGGAGUCUUUUAAGGCUAAGCUCUGAGCUAACAAGGAGUCCUUUGUCCCCAAGUGCCUUAACAUCCUGAGAGUGCACUUCUAUACUUCUUAAGAGUUUAUAAUUUGUAUUGAAAAAUCACUUUCUACUUUUUAAAAAUGUUAUGAAUUAUAUCGAUGCAGAAACUAUUCCUGAAAUAAAUGCAUUUUAACCUGUGAUUUUAAAAAAAAUUUUUAGGCGUAGAAAUUACCAUGGUUUAUGAUUAUACUUUUUAUUUCCUAAGAAAGGUGUGUGAAAAAUGAAAUCAUUUAAAUUAAUAAUAAUUACAGUGUCAUGAACCCCCAGAAUGUUUUAUUAUUUAAUUGCAAAGGUAGACAAUAAAUGUAAAUUGCAGCAUAAUUAUUAUAAGUAGAGGUAUAUAGUAACUCGUUUUCAGUGGCAAAUUCUUUUGGAUCAGUAAAGCUUUAUGGUAAUUAUCAAUGUAUAGUGUGUUCUGUUCAUGAAGACAGAUUUGUGUAAACCUUAAUUAAAAGAAAAAUCAAUUUAUAUGUAAUUUUUGGGGGGGAUAGUACUUGAUUUGUCUUUAUUUCUUAUCCCAAGUAUACUCUUUUCUCAUUGUUUACAUUUUGUACAAAUUUAUUAGGAUUUACGAUUCUAUCUUCCAUGGAUCCUUUCUGGCAAUUACCCUUGUUUAUGAAGUACCAUUAGCAGAUUACAUAUAUCCAUUCUUUGUCUUAAUUAAACUUCUUUCAAUUGA